AUGGAGUGUUUAUACUCCAUCGAGAAACCCAUUAGACCAAUCCUGCAAUUCUUGCACCAAGAUAACCAUCUACUUAAACAUACAUGUUUUAUUUUAGAGCUGGUUGUACUUCAGCCAUGGCUUGGAUUUAUUUUAUCUUAUAUUGUACUUUUGUUUUUUAAUUUAGGAGCAGUUCGGUCCAAUGCAUUGAAACUUAAUUUGACAGAUUCAAAGGGAAUUUGCCUUUAUGCAGAAUGGGAGAUGAAUUUCACAGUAACAUAUGAAACUACAAAACAAGUCAAUGAAACUGUAACCAUUACAGUGCCUGACAAGGUGACACACGAUGGAAGCAGUUGUGGCGAUGAUAAGAAUGGUGCCAAAAUAAUGAUACAAUAUGGAUCCACUCUCUCUUGGGCCGUGGAUUUCACCAAGGAAGCAUCUCAGUAUUUUAUUAACAACAUCACGCUUUCUUACAACACUAAUGAUACCAAAACAUUUCCUCAUGCUGUACAUAAAGGAAUUCUUACUGUUAGCGUUCCUGUGAGAUUCCAGCUUCCAUUGGAUGUCAUCUUUAAGUGCAGUAGUGUUUUAACUUUCAACCUGCCUCCUGUUGUUCAGCACUAUUGGGGCAUUCACCUGCAGGCUUUUGUCCAAAAUGGUACAGUGAGUAAAAAUGAACAAGUGUGUGAGGAGGACAAAACUGCUACCACUGUAGCACCCACCAUUCACACCACCGUGCCAUUGCCUACUACGACACUUACUCCAACUUCAAUACCUGUUCCAACUCCAACGGUUGGAAACUACACCAUUUCUAAUGGCAAUGCUACCUGUCUGCUGGCUACCAUGGGGCUGCAGCUGAACAUCACCGAGGAGAAGGUGCCUUUCAUUUUUAACAUCAACCCUGCCACAACCAACUUCACCGGCAGCUGUCAGCCCCAAACAGCUCAACUUAGGCUGAACAACAGCCAAAUUAAGUAUCUCGACUUUAUCUUUGCUGUGAAAAAUGAAAAACGGUUCUAUCUGAAGGAAGUGAAUGUCAACAUGUAUUUGGCUAAUGGCUCAGCUUUCCAUGUUUCAAAUAACAACCUUAGCUUCUGGGAUGCUCCUCUGGGAAGUUCUUAUAUGUGCAACAAAGAGCAGGUGGUUUCCGUGUCUCGAACAUUUCAGAUAAAUACCUUUAACCUGAAGGUGCAACCUUUUAAUGUGACGAAAGGAGAGUAUUCUACAGCUCAAGACUGCAGUGCAGAUGAAGACAACUUCCUUGUGCCCAUAGCGGUGGGAGCAGCCCUGGGAGGAGUACUUAUUCUAGUGUUGCUGGCUUAUUUUAUUGGUCUCAAGCGCCAUCAUACUGGAUAUGAGCAAUUUUAGCACCUACAAUCUGAUUGAAUAUAUUACAAAAUACAUACAAAUAACAAAGUUGUCUUACCUGUCAGUUUAUGAAACACUUUGCUACUUAAGACAGACUCCUUGGAACUUUUAUUUGGAAAUCAGUCCCCACAAUUUGAUAUAAGGCUUUUUUUU